UCUUGAUAGUCCAGGGUACCGUCGCUCCCAUCGCGCAGGGAGGGGAUGGAGCAGCCUGCUAACCGGGCUGGAACAGGACAACCUGCAGCCGCCGCCUCUACGAUGUUGUGAUGGACUGAGGCCGGCCUCGAUGCGCCUUUUCUUCCCAUCCGUGCUCGACCAUGAUUCGGGUUCUUCUCUGGUCUUACUGAAGCCUGAGCCGGGGGUCAAGGGGCGUCCACCCCAACCUGCACUUUUCCCUCUCUCACCCCUGCACCACCUCACCUGCACCCCACCACUCCUCACCCCCACCCCACACCCUAUCCUGCCUCACCCGAGGACUCAACCAAGCACACCUGAGCUUCACAUGACCAAACGCUAGAACCCCUACCCCUUCCUCCAUCACACACACACUCGGGCUUCAAGAUGAUGUGCGAGGUGAUGCCCACCAUCUCGGAGGAUGGGCGCGGCGGCGGAGCCGGCUCGUCCUCGCCGGCAGGAGGUGGAGCAGGGAUGGGCGGUGGCAUGGGAGGCAUCGGGGGCUAUGGCAGCCGGGACCCUCGUGCUGGCGGCGGCGGAGGUGAUGAAGGGGGCAGCACGGGCAACCUGGAGUCUCUGAUGGUCAACAUGCUGACGGAGAGGGAGAGGCUGCUGGAGAGCCUGAGAGAGACACAGGACAGCCUGGGGACAGCCCACCUCCGCCUGCGGGAGCUGGGACACGAGAAGGAGUCCCUCCAGAGGCAGCUGUCCAUCGCACUCCCCCAGGAGUUUGCCGUGCUCACCAAAGAGCUGAACCUGUGCAGGGAGCAGCUGCUGGAGCGCGAGGAGGAGAUCGCUGAGCUGAAGGCCGAGCGCAACAACACACGACUGCUGCUGGAGCACCUGGAGUGCCUGGUGUCCCGUCACGAGCGCAGCUUGAGGAUGACUGUGGUGAAGAGGCAGGCCCAGUCCCCAGCAGGGGUCUCCAGCGAGGUGGAGGUCCUCAAGGCCCUCAAGUCGCUCUUUGAGCACCACAAAGCUCUGGACGAGAAGGUCCGAGAGAGACUACGCGUGGCGCUGGAGCGUGUGGCGGCACUGGAGGACGAGCUGCAGUCGUCCUCACAGGAAGUUUUGUCUCUGCGAGAGCAAAUCAAACGGCGACAGCAAGGAAUCGACAAGGAGCGGCUGCCCAACGGCCCGUCCUCCAUUUUGGAUGACGGCGAGAUCGACCGGCAGCGGGAGGGCGAGAUCGAGCGCCAGAGAUCAGAGCUGGGCCAGCUGAAGGAGAGACUGGCCCUCAUGUGCAGACAGGUCGGCGAGAUUGAGGAGCAGCUGACAUCCGCCAGGAGGGAGCUGGCCCGGUCGGAGGAGGCCAACCAGAAACUCCAACGGGACGUGAAGGAGGCACUGUGUCAAAGAGAGGACAUGGAGGAGAGAAUCACCACAUUGGAGCGCAGGUACCUCAGCGCCCAGCGGGAGGCGACAUCUCUCCAUGACAUCAAAGACAAGCUGGAGAACGAGCUGGCCAGCAAAGAGUCUCUCUAUAGACAGAGCGAGGAGAAGAACCGGCAGCUUCAGGAGCGCCUGGAUGACGCCAAGCAGAAAUUGCAGCAAACCCUGCAGAGAGCUGAGACGCUGCCUGAGAUCGAAGCUCAGCUGGCUCAGAGAGUGGCGGCCCUCAACAAGGCCGAGGAGCGUCAUGGCAACUUUGAGGAGCGCCUGCGACAGAUGGAGGCGCAACUGGAGGAGAAGAACCAAGAGCUGCAGCGAGCGAGGCAGCGGGAGAGGAUGAACGACGAACACAACAAGCGUCUGUCCGACACGGUGGAUAAGCUGCUGUCCGAGUCCAACGAGAGGCUGCAGCUGCACCUGAAGGAGAGGAUGGCCGCCCUGGAGGAGAAGAACGCCCUUUCUGAGGAGCUGUCCAACAUGAAGAAAAUUCAGGAUGAUCUCCUGACAAACAAGGACCAGCUCAUAGCAGAGCUGGAGCGUCUUCAGCUGGAGUUGGACCAACUGAGAGCGAGGCCCGGCGGCUCGUAUUCCAGUCGAUCUCUGCCUGGCAGCGCUCUGGAGUUGCGGUAUUCCCAUGGGGGUGGCUCGCUCCCGGCGGGCUCCACCACUCACCUGGAUGCCUUCGGUAACGCCUCCCUCGGGGGUGGAGUCAGGCGGAGCCACCGAGCCCGUUGGAGCUCGGUGCGAGAGGACGCCACCAAGUAUACAGACUGGGAGACAGGGGCCCUGCUGGGGACCGGCUACGAGCACGGCGUGGACGUAGGCUGCUCCGAUGACGAGGACGACGGCGAGCACCGCUUCGGCUCCGAGCUGCUUUCCCCCAGCGGACAGACGGAUGUGCAGACGCUGGCCAUCAUGCUGCAGGAACAGCUGGAGGCCAUCAACAAGGAGAUCAAGCUAAUCCAAGAGGAGAAGGAGAACACGGAGCUGCGUGCGGAGGAGAUUGAAAGCCGGGUCAGCAGCGUGGUCCUGGACAGUCCGCCCAUCCCGCCAUCCUCCCUGGGGAGGGAUGCCACGGGGCGGGGCUUCAUCCCCUCCUCCAUCACCUCCUCCACGCUGGCCUCUCCCUCACCCCCCAGCUCGGGACACUCCACACCUCGCCUUCCCCACUCGCCGGCCCGCGAGAAUGACAGACAGAACAACAAAGACGACGAGCGCUCCCUUGCCCUCCUCGACUCCACACCCCCUCCCACGCCACGUGCGCUGCGCCUGGACAGGAUGACCCUAACCCACCCGGGGGCCAUGCUGGACGACCCCCGCGAUUUCCGCAGUCUGUCAGCAGAUGGCGGCAGCACCAACAGCAGCCAGGAUUCCCUGCACAAGUCCAGCAAGAAGAAGAGCAUCAAGUCUUCCAUCGGACGACUUUUUUGGAAGAAGGAGAAGGGCAGGAUGGGCCAACCUGGGCGGGAUGGCUCAUCUUCUCUUGCAUCAACGCCCUCUGAGGACCUGGCCUCUGGAGACCCCAUGGGGAUGAACAAGACAGGCACUUUGGGUCCAGCUGACAAAGACCGUCGCAGCAAGAAGAAGCACGAGCUCUUAGAAGAAGCAUGUCGCCAAGGUCUCCCCUUUGCGUCCUGGGAUGGACCCACCGUGGUGUCGUGGCUGGAGCUGUGGGUGGGGAUGCCGGCGUGGUACGUGGCGGCAUGCCGGGCCAACGUGAAGAGUGGCGCCAUCAUGGCCAACCUGUCCGACACGGAGAUCCAGCGUGAGAUUGGCAUCAGCAACCCGCUGCACCGCCUCAAACUGCGACUGGCCAUCCAGGAGAUGGUGUCCCUCACCAGCCCGUCCGCCCCGGCCAGCACUCGCUCUUCAACAAGUAACGUUUGGAUGACCCACGCCGAGAUGGAGUCCUUGAACGCAGCAACCAAGCCGCCGGAGCUGAAGGAGUUCAGCUGGGAUCAGAUUCUGGCGUACGGCGACAUGAAUCACGAGUGGGUGGGCAACGACUGGCUGCCCAGCCUGGGCCUGCCGCAGUACCGUAGCUACUUCAUGGAGUCGCUGGUGGACGCCCGCAUGUUGGACCACCUGACCAAGAAGGAGCUGAGAGGACAGCUGAAGAUGGUGGACAGCUUCCACAGGGUCAGCUUGCAUUAUGGCAUCAUGUGCCUCAAGCGCCUCAACUACGAUCGCAAGGAGCUGGAGCGCAGGAGGGAGGAGAGCGUCCACCAGAACAAAGAUGUGAUGGUGUGGUCCAACGAGCGGGUCAUGUGCUGGGUGCAGACCAUCGGCCUGAAGGAGUACGCCGACAACCUUCGUGAAAGCGGCGUCCACGGCGCCCUGCUGGCUCUGGAUGACACCUUCGACUACACGGACCUGGCCCUGCUGCUGCAGAUCCCCAAUCAGAACACACAGGCCCGGCAGCUCCUGGAGCAGGAGUACAACUCCCUCAUCUCCAUGGGGACGGAGAGACGGCCCGAUGAGGACGGAACCAAGACCUUCACGCGCUCGCCUUCCUGGAGGAAGAUGUUCCGAGAGAAGGACCUGCGGGGCGUGACCUCCGACUCGGCUGAGACCCUGCCUGCUAACUUCCGUGCCUCCGCCAUCGCCACGCCCUCAGUCACCCUCAGGAAAGUUCAGAGUGACGCCAACUCCGCUGCCCGGGGUGAGUCUGCCUCCGUGAGGACGUAUUCCUGCUGAGGCCGCCGAGCGCACCGAGACCCUCUGAAGGACCAUCCAACACCUCAAGUCUGCAAUAACACACGCAUAGACGGACGGGAAGGAGAUGAACGUGAACGUGUCCUCAUAGCAGGGAAGGUACAUGAGCAGAAACACCCCAUCUCCAUUUUUUAACCUAAACACGUCUUUUAACCCGCAACAAGAAGAGGACGUUAGUGUGCUCGUAAAUGAGUCAGAACGGCAAAGGACAUUGCCGCAGGCCCGCUGAGGCUCCAUUGUUGGCUUCUACUGUGUUCUGCUGGGGUGGGGGGGGCGUCUGUCUGAGUGUCCCCAAUUGACGCGGGCAGUAAAACAUGGCCGGCACUGAGCCUCAAACCACAUCACAGGGACGCUCUUCAUUCUUUUGUCUUGUGCCACCUUGAAAGUCGAUAGGCCAGGAAGCUCUUUUCACUGCAGACCAUAAUAAUACACAUCAAACGCUCCGGUGGGAAGGGGGCCGGGCCGGGUCACACAGGCAUCAGGUUCAACUAUUUUGUGGCGUCACUGGCUGAAAGUUAUUUACAAAUUGUUAGACUAACCUAUAUGAACUACAGUAUUGGGACACAGACUUCUUGUCCUCGGAUUGUCAUCUUAACGAGACAUUUUGGACAAUUGUAUGCUUCCAACUUUGUGGGAAGACGUUUGCGCUCCCAGUGCACAAAGCCAGCGCCAUAAAGGCGUGCUUGGAGGAGUCUCGUGUGGAAGAACAGCCCGUGGCCUCCCAUUUAUAUUUUGUCCAAACAGGUACAGGUAGCAGGUGGGUUUUUUUGGGGGGGGGGACAGCAGUGAAAGCGGACACUUCUUUAGGGAAUACAAGGCUGCAUGAGGAGUGAUGGAUGAUGGGAGGGGGACACGCACACAAGCCAUAAGAGCUUUCUCAAUGGAGGGAGGAGAAUAGUAUGAUGAUGAUGAUGAUGAUGAUGAUGAUGAUGAUGACGACGACGGCCAGGAAAGGAAACCUUUAGCCUCUGUGUUUACGAUGCAUGUCUUAAAAGAAAACCACAAUGAACUUUUUCUUUGUUUGUCGGUGGUGAAGAUAAUGAGGUGUCCUUAUCGAUUAAAAAAAAAACAAAAAAAACAUAUAUCUGUAUGAUACAUCUACAAAGGGGGGGGGGGUAUUUCAAUUUGUAAAAUGUGUGAAAUUUUUUUUCAGUUGUAUUUUUGAUUUUUUUACGAUGACUAAUUUAUUUUCUUUAGGUAUGUAUCGGAUAAACGUACACGUCCCGCCCCCUCUUGACGCAAACGUUCAUUCCGGUUCCGCCGUGUGUGUGUGUGUGCGUGUGUGUGUGUGUGUGUGUGUGUGUGUGUGUGUGUGUGUGUGUGUGUUUGCGUUUUGACAACACAUUGUGCAAUGAUGAUUUCACAGGUUUCCAUCAUUCAAGUGGUCGUUAUACAAACUGAAGAUAUCCUAUGGAAAAUGAACAAAUACGAUGAAAAUGGUGAUGUAAACAAAAAAAGAAAGAAAAGAAUGAAUAAAUAAAGCAGUCCCUGUGGAUCUGCUCAUCAUCUCCAA